CCGGCGGGAACCGGAAGGUGCCGUGAUACGCCGACUCCCGGUCUUCCGACACGCCGGGCGGGAAGAUGUCAUCAUUGCCCAGAAGAGCAAAAGUGCAGGUCCAGACUGUGGUAUACAAAGAUGAAUUUUCUUCUUGCUCUGAAUUAUCGUCUGCCUCUGAAGAAGAUGACAAGGAAGAUAGCAUCUGGGAGCCCCAGAAGAAAGCCCCCAGAGUCCGUAAGCAGCCCGCUCCCAAGGAACCCAAACCAAAGAGGGUGCCUCGGGGGAAGAAGAACACCCAAGUGGUCAGUGACAGCUCAGAAGCUGUGGCUGUUAAAGAGGAGCUGAAUAAUUCUGUGGCUAUUGCUGAUGUUAAUUUAGAAGACAGAAAAAAUAAAUUGGAAACUGUACAGACUCUGAAAACAGCAAAGACAAAACAGAAGAAUUCAGCUCAAAGGACCAAAAAAUUGAAAGUGGAAAAAAUCAACAAAGUCAGCAACUUAGAGGGUGGGGAUCACAGUACAGAGACCCCAUCAACAAGCACCAUGUGGGAAGGUACAUGCAAGAAGGAAGAGAAUGAAGAUGACUUUACAUUUGGUCAGUCCCCUUUAAAGAAAAUGAAGACUGAAAUGUGUCCUCAGGGGCAGCCUGUCAAGUUUCCAGCAAAUGCCAACAGUAUUAAAGAGGAGGUGGAAAUGAACUGGGACAUAGUCCAGGUUUUAUCUGAGAGAACUAAUAUUGAACUCUGGGUUUGUGCCAACAUCAUCCGUCUUUUUAAUGAUGAUAACACAAUUCCCUUCAUCAUACGUUACCGAAAAGAGCUCAUUAAUAAUCUUGAUGCUGAUUCCUUGAGAGAAGUUCGACAAACCCUUGAGGAGCUCCGGGCCGUUGCAAAGAAGGUUCAUAGUACAAUCCAGAAAAUUAAGAAAGAGGGGAAGAUGUCUGAAUGCUUGUUAAAAGCCUUGCUGAACUGUAAAACUUUUGAAGAGCUAGAACACGUGUCUGCCCCAUAUAAAACUGGGAGUAAGGGCACCAAAGCUCAGAGAGCAAAACAGCUGGGAUUGGAAGGAGCAGCCAGGACACUGCUUGAGCGUCCAGGGGAGCUCAAUCUUCUCUCCUACAUUCGACCCGACGUUAAAGGGCUUUCAGCGCUGCAGGAUAUUGAAACAGGAGUACAACAUAUUUUAGCAGACAUGAUUGCUAAAGACAAAGACACGCUUGACUUCAUUCGGAAAUUGUGCCAGAAUAGAUACAUUUGUAUACAGUCAUCACUGGCUAAAGUUUCCUCAAAAAAGGUAAAUGAGAAAGAUGUCGAUAAAUUUCAGCUGUACCAGAAUUUUUCGUGCAACAUAAGAAAUAUCCAACAUCAUCAGAUUCUGGCAAUUAACCGUGGAGAAAAUUUGAAGAUACUGACAGUCAAAGUCAACAUUUCUGAUGGAGUGAAGAAUGAAUUCUGUAGGUGGUGCAUCCAAAACAGGUGGAGGCCACGUGGCUUUGCAAGACCAGAGUUAAUGAAGAUUUUACAUAGUUCACUGGAUGAUUCCUUUAAACGCCUUAUUUAUCCUCUUCUCUGUAGAGAGUUCAGAGCCAAACUGACUUCCGAUGCAGAGAAGGAAUCAGUAAUGAUGUUUGGACGGAACCUUCGUCAGCUUCUUUUAACAAGCCCUGUUCCAGGACGUACUUUGAUGGGAGUGGAUCCUGGGUACAAACAUGGCUGCAAAUUAGCUAUAAUUUCUCCUACCAGUCAGAUACUUCAUACUGAUGUGGUUUACUUGCAUUGUGGACAAGGCUUCCGAGAGGCAGAGAAAAUAAAGAGGCUUUUGCUGAAUUUCAACUGCAGCACAGUGGUGAUUGGAAAUGGAACUGCCUGCCGGGAAACAGAAGCUUACUUUGCUGACCUGAUAAUGAAAAAUUACUUUGCACCACUGGAUGUUGUUUACUGUAUCGUGAGUGAAGCAGGAGCCUCCAUCUACAGUGUCAGCCCUGAAGCAAACAAAGAGAUGCCAGGGCUGGACCCUAAUUUGAGAAGUGCAGUUUCCAUAGCAAGGCGUGUACAAGAUCCAUUAGCUGAGCUAGUGAAAAUUGAGCCGAAGCACAUUGGAGUUGGAAUGUAUCAGCAUGAUGUAUCCCAGACUUUACUCAAGGCAACACUGGACAGUGUUGUAGAAGAAUGUGUCAGCUUUGUGGGAGUGGAUAUUAACAUCUGUUCAGAAGUUUUGUUAAGGCAUAUUGCAGGACUCAAUGCCAACAGAGCCAAAAAUAUUAUUGAAUGGCGAGAACAAAAUGGACCCUUCAUCAACCGAGAACAGCUGAAGAAAGUGAAAGGGCUGGGUCCAAAAUCCUUCCAACAGUGUGCUGGCUUCAUCAGAAUCAACCAGGAUUACAUUCGAACAUUUUGCAGCAGUCAGCAGACUGAAUCUUCAAGCCAAAUUCAAGGACUUGCUGUGACAUCUUCAGCAGGUGUUGAGGUCACAAAUGAGAAGCAGGGCAAAAAGAAGAGUAAAAGUACAGUCAGUGUUGUACUGAAACCAAACCCGUUGGACCAAACUUGUAUUCAUCCGGAAUCAUAUGACAUAGCAAUGAGGUUUUUAUCAUUUGUUGGAGGGACACUGUGUGAGAUUGGAAAGCCUGAAAUGCAACAGAAAAUAAAUUCAUUCCUUGAAAAGGAAGGAAUAGAGAAAAUUGCAGAAAGAUUGCAAACAACAGUACACACCUUACAGGUCAUCGUAGAUGGUCUCAGUCAGCCUGAAAGCUUUGACUUUCGAACAGAUUUUGAUAAACCUGAUUUCAAGAGAAGCAUAGUCUGCCUGGAAGAUCUGCAGGUUGGGACAGUGCUUACAGGCAAAGUUGAGAAUGCCACUCUGUUUGGAAUUUUUGUAGAUAUAGGAGUAGGGAAAUCAGGGUUGAUUCCCAUUCGAAAUGUAACAGAAGCGAAGCUUUCCAAAACGAAGAAGAGAAGGAGUCUCGGGCUGGGCCCCGGAGAAAGAGUGGAAGUGCAAGUACUCAACAUUGACAUCCCACGAUCUAGGAUAACUCUGGACCUCAUUCGGGUGUUGUGAGUGUCCUGCGGAAGACCAAACACGGGUUUCAUUGCCUCGUUUCUGCAGGUUGCCAAGGAUAGUCACAUGUUUAUGAAUUCUGGCUAGUAGAUGAGAAAGAAUUCACUUUCUAUCAGAAGUCUUUUCCAAACACUUAUUCUUCCUUCUGCAUAAAUAGAAAACAAAUAGCUUGAUUUCUUUUUCCCUCAGAGAAAGCAACUAGUAGUCAUCUUUAUAUGGCUUUAUGUAGUAAUGGUUUUCUGACCAAAAUUUUAUUUUUUAUAAUUUAUCUUCAACUCUUUUUGAAUUUUGUAUAACAGAUUACUUCACCUCUACUUGCCAACGUCUCCUUCUAUGGGAUUGUAUGGAGUUGUCUUCUUGAUUUGGAUUGUACAAUGUCUGUUGACACAGAAGGGCUGGCAUUGUUUAAUUCUCCCAUUUUAUAUAUUUUCUAUCAGGCUUUUGACUUGAUUCAUGAUUUUGCAAUAAUCUUGAUUUUCCCUUGCUAAGUAAACUAUGCCAGUCAAACAAAUUCUGAUGUGUUUGUAACCAUCAAGUGAAUGGAUCAAAACAUAUUGCGGGAGGACAUAUGUAUGAAUUCCUACAAUAAAGUUUUGUGGCUAAUCGUC